CACCGAAUCUGAAAAAAACAGUCACGCCCUCACGCAGGGUGACGCUGAAGCGCGUGCAGAGCGUGCGGAACUCCCUGCGGGAGGCCGGCACGCCGAUGCAGCUGCGGAACGAGAAGUGGACCGCGGCGGAGCUCGUCGCCGUGCCUCUCUCCAAUUACUUCGAUGCUCAGUAUUACGGACCGAUCAGCAUCGGCACCCCGCCGCAAUCGUUCCGGGUCGUGUUCGACACGGGCUCCUCCAACCUCUGGGUGCCUUCCGAGAGCUGCGGCGCCGCCGAUGUUGCAUGCAGGCUUCAUCGCAGGUACGAUAAAUCCAUGUCCCGCACAUAUUCAUCGGAUGGGACGAAGUUUAGCAUCGAGUACGGGACCGGGAGCCUGUCGGGUUUCUUGUCGGCCGACACGGUCACGGUCGGAGAUGUGACGGUGAACGGCCAAACGUUUGCCGAAGCCACGAGCCAACCGGGUUCCACUUUCGUUUCGGCCAAAUUCGAUGGCAUCCUUGGGAUGGGUUACAAGGCGAUUUCUGUCGAUAAGGUCACGCCGGUGUUCGAGAACAUGGUUCGGCAGAACCUCAUCGAUGAGCCUGUAUUCUCCUUCUACCUCAAUCGCGACCCUUCCGCGGCCGAGGGUGGUCAACUCAUACUAGGAGGCUCUGACUCGCAGUACUACAGAGGAUCCUUCACGUACGUCCCGGUCUCACGCAAGGGAUAUUGGCAGUUCCAGAUGGACAAAGUGAAAGUGGGUGAAGACUCUGUAUACUGCUCUGGGGGUUGCCAAGCUAUUGCCGACACCGGCACGUCCCUCAUCACAGGUCCUACGAAUGAGAUCGACGCUCUCGCUGAGGAGAUCGGUGCACGACAGGACCGCGGAGGAGACAACGUGGUUGACUGCUCUUCGAUCUCUGUCCUCCCUCCCAUCCACUUCGUUCUACAGGGAAAGGACUUCACACUGAAGGGAAAGGACUACAUCCUUCAAGUACGUGCCAUCGCUUUCCCUUUCGACCAACUUUUCUCAGUUUUAAAUCAGGUCUUCCAUCGAUUCCGACCUCAAGAAGAGAUUUCUCCGAAAUGUUAUUUACAGAUUUCCGAGCGUGGCCAAGCCACCUGCCUGUUGGGUUUCUCCGGACUCGACGUCCCCCCACCGAUGGGUCCGAUCUGGAUCCUUGGUGACGUUUUCAUCGGGAAGUUCUACACGGAAUUCGACAUGGGCAAAAAUCGCAAUUAUGAGGGAAAAUUUCACCGAUUGCACCUGGCCCUGCAGAUCGCUGGGGUUAAAUUCUUUUUCAUUCAGGUGAUUUCAGAGCGUGGCCAAGCCACCUGCCUGUUGGGUUUCUCCGGACUCGACGUCCCCCCACCGAUGGGUCCGAUCUGGAUCCUUGGUGACGUUUUCAUCGGGAAGUUCUACACGGAAUUCGACAUGGGCAAAAAAGGUGGUCAACUCAUACUAGGAGGCUCUGACUCGCAGUACUACAGAGGAUCCUUCACGUACGUCCCGGUCUCACGCAAGGGAUAUUGGCAGUUCCAGAUGGACAAAUAUGACUUUCUUCUACGGUCUCAUCGAUCCGAGAACUCGUCUCAUCUCGUGAACAGAGUGAAAGUGGGUGAAGACUCUGUAUACUGCUCUGGGGGUUGCCAAGCUAUUGCCGACACCGGCACGUCCCUCAUCACAGGUCCUACGAAUGAGAUCGACGCUCUCGCUGAGGAGAUCGGUGCACGACAGGACCGCGGAGGAGACAACGUGGUUGACUGCUCUUCGAUCUCUGUCCUCCCUCCCAUCCACUUCGUUCUACAGGGAAAGGACUUCACACUGAAGGGAAAGGACUACAUCCUUCAAGUACGUGCCAUCGCUUUCCCUUUCGACCAACUUUUCUCAGUUUUAAAUCAGGUCUUCCAUCGAUUCCGACCUCAAGAAGAGAUUUCUCCGAAAUGUUAUUUACAGAUUUCCGAGCGUGGCCAAGCCACCUGCCUGUUGGGUUUCUCCGGACUCGACGUCCCCCCACCGAUGGGUCCGAUCUGGAUCCUUGGUGACGUUUUCAUCGGGAAGUUCUACACGGAAUUCGACAUGGGCAAAAAUCGCGUCGGCUUCGCUGAGGCUGUU